AAAACAUGGCCGAUGAAGUACAACUUGCACAAGAUGCCAAAGCCGGUGGAGAUACAAUUUUUGGGAAAAUACUAAGAAAAGAAAUUCCAUGUAACUUCAUUUAUGAGGAUAAUUUGUGUGUUGCUUUUGACGACAUUAACCCACAAGCUCCAGUCCACUUUCUUGUAAUUCCCAGGAAAUAUAUUCCACAGUUAUCAAAAGCUGAAGACAAUGAUGAAGCUUUAUUGGGUCAUCUUUUAGUAGUUGCAAGGAAAAUUGCACAGAAAAGGAAUUUAAAAAAUGGUUUUAGAAUUGUAAUCAAUGAUGGUCCCAUAGGUGCCCAAUCAGUUUACCAUCUUCAUAUACAUGUUUUGUCUGGAAGGCAAAUGCAAUGGCCCCCAGGCUAAAUUUUUUGUUUUAUAUAAAUUGGUGUUUAAUUAGUGGAAAUAAAGUUUAAACCAGCAGAA